UUCUGCGCCUAAAACAUCACAAACUGGAAGUCUUGGACCUUUUCUGAAGCCAAGAACAGAUCUUGGACCGAUUUGGACCUCUUUUGGGGUCGGUCUUUGGGCUCACCUCGACCGUCCCAUGGAAGCGGAUGCGGAGACCGUCCCGGACAAGGACUGCCUCAUGGGCGAUGCCGCUCGCGAUGCGAGCGAUGCCUACGCUUGCUUGGGCGCUGUGAGGGGUCCCUACGUGUCCGAAUCGAUCUCAGGUGGCUGGGCUCAGCCAGAGGAGGAUGAGGAAGUGGAGGUCCACUUCUCCGAGUCACAGGACAUUUGGCGUGGGGCCGUUGGAGGGGUUCCGGUCCAUGAACGGAGCCUACUGUCGCCCGAGUGCGUGGUGGGCGAAAAGAAGAAGACCGGACCAAUCACUCUCCUCAAGGGCAUGGCACGCAUUGAUCAGAGGCUGCUGCGAAGUCGUCUCAGCCACCUUGCAGAAGGUGAAUAUGACGUGAGGUCCGAUGUGAUCCGGCCUCGGGGAGCAGCGGAGGCCCCGCGCCCCGGGGUGGCCAUGGAAGUGGAGGCGCCGGGUGUCUUCCGGCCGCGGGACCUUGCCACGGUGACCCAAGCGAAGGCGAAUGCGCGCCGCAAAGAAGAGGAGGUUGAUGACCUUGGAGCC